AUGCAAAACUCUACAAAGCCAGAAUUAACACCAGCUUAUUUUAGCGGGCUGGUUCAAUCCGAUGGAGGUUUCCAUAUUGCCAUUGAUCGUAGCAAAUCUAAUAAAUUGGGUAUCAGGGUUACACCUAAACUAAUUCUCUCACAACAUAUUAGUGCCAAAUCAUUCUUUAAGGAUUUGAUGAACUAUUUAGGAGUAGGUCAUCUUAUUACCAGUAAGAAUGAGGUACAAAUUGUAGUUAAUUCUUUACCUCAAAUUAAGCAAAGGAUUCUGCCUCUGUUAGAUCUCUAUCCUGUUAGAUCCGGUAAAUUGAUUUCUUACCUAAAGUUCAAGCAGGUAGUAGAAAUGAUGGAGCUUAAAAAACAUCUAACAGCAGAAGGGUUAGCCCAGAUUAUCGAGAUUAGCUACGACAUGAACCUUGUUUCACAACGUAAAGUGGAGCGAAAACUUUCGUUACUUAAAUCCAUUGGCUUCGAACUAGGGGUAAGUGUUCAAAAUCCUAUUCUUCCAACUCUACCUCCUAUUGAUCCCCAUUUUGUAUCGGGGAUAACAGAUGGGGACGGAAGUUUCUUUAUCAGUUUUAAAGCCAAUCGGCGAAUUGUUGCUUCCUUCACUGUUAUUAAAGAGUCUUCUUGUAAAGAAGUUUUAACUGAACUAAGCGAAUACUUUAACUGUGGGGCAGUGUAUGAUUUACCUUCUGCAGCAUCUAGGUUUCAAGUGGAAAACUUGGAGAAACUCAUUAAUCACGUUAUUCCUCAUUUUGUUGAAUACCCUCUUCACACCGUUAAGAAAGAGUACUUCGAGAUUUUCUCUCAAGUAUGUCACCUGCUUAAGGAAAGAGUACACAAAACAGAUGAGGGGUUACAACAGAUCAUAGAUCUGGCUUAUAAUAUGAACAAAGAUGGCAAGGGUCGACGUCUCACAAAGGAAGAGUUUAUCCAAAAGAUGAAAGCCCAAACCUCCACUUAA